AUGUGUGUUGGCGGGCGGUCGGGCACUUUAUGGACGGCCUUGGCCCAUAUAAUAACGGCAGUGAUAGGGUCGGGCGUGCUGUCCUUGGCAUGGAGCGUAUCGAGGCUCGGGUGGGUCGGCGGCCCACUCGCCGUGCUGGCCUUCGCCUCCCUCACCCUCACCUCCGCUUUUCUCCUCACCAAUUGCUACGAGUCUUCAGACGCCACUGCCCUCCAUAGGAAUGGUUCUUACUUGGAUGCUGUUCGGAGAAUACUAGGAAAGAAGAGCGCCUGGAUAUGCGGUAUUGUUGUCCGAAUAAACUUCAUCAAGCUCGGUAUUGUCUAUACAAUUACAGCAUCCAUCAGCAUGAGGGCAAUACAACGAUCUAAUUGUUUCCACAGCCAAGGCCACAAAUCUGUGUGUGAAUAUGAUGGAGCUUAUUACAUGCUUAUAUUCGGAUUUGUUCAGGUAAUACUGUCCCAAAUACCCGACUUUCGAAACACCGAGUGGCUUUCCAUCAUUGCUGCAGUUAUGUCAUUCGUCUACUCGACUAUUGGAUCAGGUCUUGGCCUGGCAAAAGUUAUAGAAAAUGGAGAAAUAAAAGGUAGUGUCGGAGGAGUUCACGAGUCGACUGUGGCUAACAAAGUGUGGUCGAUUUCUCAAGCGCUUGGCGACAUUGCCUUCGCUUUCCCAUUUUCGGUUAUCUUCCUGGAGAUAAUGGAUACUCUGAGGUCGAAUCCACCUGAAAAAGUCACAAUGAAGAGAGCAUCAGUAAUAGCCGUUUGCAUGACGACACUCUUCUACUUAUGCUGCGGAGGUUUCGGUUAUGCCGCAUUUGGGAAUUCGACUCCCGGAAAUCUCUUGACCGGAUUUGGAUUUUACGAGCCGUAUUGGCUUGUCGAUUUAGCUAACGCGUGUGUCGUCCUUCAUCUCAUUGGAGGCUACCAGGUGUUUAGCCAGCCCCUCUAUGCGAGUAUCGAGAAAUCAUUUGUCGAGAAGUUUCCGAAUAAUAGAUUCGUGCACUACAACCUCAAAGAAGCGACGGUUUUCAGGCUAAACCCUAUGAGGAUGUGCCUUAGAACAACAUACGUUGCGUUCACCACAGGAUUUGCCAUUCUUUUCCCUUAUUUCAACCAAGUAGUGGGAGUAGCUGGUGCCAUCAAUUUUUGGCCCAUUGUGGUAUAUUUCCCAGUCGAGAUGUACCUGGUGCAGAAAAACAUCCGACCUUGGACGCCAAAAUCGAUUCUUUUCAGGGUAUAUUGGUUUGUAACUCUGAUUGUCAUUCUUUUCGCAUUUGUUGGAUCUAUUAAAGGUCUAAUUGUUGCGCGAUUUAGCUAA